AUGUUCAGCCGAACCACACUCGCUGCUCUCAGGACAACUCCACUUCUAUCGGGCCGUUUGGCUCGAAGCUAUACUCCUCGAAUCCAAACUAUAUCGUCUAGUGCGCCGAAGCACACUAUGGUGACCAGCGUGCAGACGAACGAGGCAUAUGCACCUUUUGCUCAUUAUUCGCAAGCGAUUAAAGCCGCCGGUCAAGUCUGGCUCUCCGGUCAAAUACCGGCAGAUGCACAGGGAAACCUGAUUAAAGGCACAAUGACCGAGCAGACUCAAGCUAUAAUCAAGAAUACCAAAGCUAUUCUAAAGGCAUCGGGCACUGGGUUAGAUAAAGUCGUCAAAGUAGUGGUGUACGUGAAAGAUGUCAACGUUAUGCCGGAAUUUGCAUCUGUUUAUGACAGUGUAUUCCCGCAUCGCCCUGCACGGUCUAUGGUUGAAGUGUCUAAGCUGCCCGCUGGGGUGGAUAUUCAGGUGGAUUUUAUUGCUGUUGUAUAG